UAUUAAGGCAAACUCCUCCUCAUUAACGCGCGCAAAUUCCAUUUUGAUUUCAUCAUGGGCUCGGGACUACCUUCUAUCGGGGAGCUCCAGCGUCCAGAACGUUUACAUGAUGUUCUUGCACAAGACAAAGUGGAUGAUUGCACCCCAUGCAGGGUCACUGGAGCUGCUGCCUUUAUGGGGCUCGGUGCGUACAGUUACUACACCGGGCAUUCACAACUCAAAAUGCAGGAAUCUAAAAUUCUUGCCAGCAAAAGUGCCUUUGGGCUGAGAGCUCGACGAUCGGGAGUCACUGGAAUAGCUUUAACCCUUGGUUUGAUGGGACUGUACAGACUUGUCAACUAAGACAGCUUCAAUUAAGCUGUCCGUCAAAUCAGCUGUACAGGCCAUUUCUGGAUCUGGCAAUUCGGCCGAAAUGGAAAGUGGUUCUCAUAACCAGUUCGUUGCACCUGGUGGACGAAUUUUUACACCACAUUUGUUGACAACACAGAUGUCCUUACACAUACAACUUCCUCUCAACUCAGAUUUACUUUUUUUCAACGACUU